GGAGAUAGAGGGAGAGAUGCAGUUUGACCCCAUUUGGGUCCCGAGCAAACCCUAUGCUCAUCUCUCUCUCCUUCCUGGGGUGGACUCAGAUGAGUGGGACACAUGCCUUCCUCCCCCUAUUCCACUCCCAAGUUGAUCUGAGUAUCAUCAGGGGCCCAAAGUACAGAAUUGUUCUUUGCUUUUUCUUGAAUGCUCCAAAGGCCAAACUUCUGGGGCUGGGGGUUGGUCUUGGAAACAGGGGUCUUCUGACUUCCCCAUGGGGGCUUGCUCAUACAGCCCCUCCCGGUGGAUGUGUGUGUUUAUUAUGUGGAGUCCCUGCCACUUACUGCCUUAUGACCUAGGACUGAUGCUGUGGGGUGCUGGUGGAGCAGCUGAUGUCGUGUUUACAGAGCAAGGCUUCCCUGUCUCCCAUUGGGAGGGGCUUGGGCCUCUAGUCAGACAUUCCCGCAGAGGGUCGGUGGAGGGGUCAUUCACCUGCCCCUGCAGCAAGCAAAAGUUGUCUGUGGUGCCAUUUGAUUCCCUGACACUGCCCCCUGCUUGAAUUGAUUCUGAAGGGUAGGGUGGGAAGGUGAGCAAAGGGAGCAGAAACAAGGGAAUUCAAGACCCAGAAUGUAGGUGCCACUGCCUCCUAUGUUUACAGGAUCCUCCGUGGCCCUAGGCACCUGGGCUGCAGGAAGUGACUCCGUUCCACUCCUCCUUUAUUCCCUUAAAAAGGGAAAAAUGACUGUUACGACCCUGUUCACAAAACUCUUACUUUUGCUAUUUUGUCUGCUGUCCAGAACUGAAGACUUUAAAAUUUUGUGACUGUUUACAAGUCCAGAUUCAAAAAAUGUUUUUACUUUGUUUACAACUCAAAACUUUGAGUUUUAUACUUUGUUUACAGUAGAUAAUUUUUUUUCCCUUUGUUUACAAGUGAAAGGUAGGGAAAGUGGGAGAGGGACUUGGCGGACCCACCUGUGAGGACCCUGACCUGGCCAUCUUGAGGGCUUUUCUAACCACCAGCUCUCCCAGGCCGAAGGUCAGCCUUGAGUCCCCUGUCUAACAGCAGACCCAGAAGACCUUGAGAGUAGGCGUCCUCUAACCACUGGGGAGAGUGGCUGUGCAGGGUUGGGGGGUGGUCUGUGCAGACACCUCCUCACCCACCACCCCAUGCAUACUCUUGGGAAGCAGUUUCCUGGGAGAUUAGAAAUUCUACUUCCCUGAUUGGAGCUAAAUCCCACCAGCCAGGACCCAAACUCUCCUUACCCAGAAGGACCCCAGCUCUUGAAGGGCUGAGUGGCCUGCUGGGGGGUGGGAGGGUGUCUUUGCUAUGUCCUAGGUUUCGUAGAUGCCCCUCUCUGGGGUUCCCCUCCUCCAGCCCAGCGGCCCUCUUUCCUGUCUGUGUAAAUUGUUCCGUGAAGCCGCGCUCUGUUUUGGGAAUAAACUUCUAUAGAAAACAGUUGUUGCCUUUUCCUGUUGGGGGCUGGGGAGGUAGGAUGGAAGCUGUGAAUGAUUCAAGCCAGACUGACCUUUGGGAGGAAUCUGAGCCCCUCCCAAGAAUAUCCAGCUACUUUUAGCCCAUUUCAUGGCAGAUCUCUUUCACCUUGAAAUCUGGCCCCUCACUUUGUGAUUGGGGCCUGAUGUUGGAGCACAGGUGCUGAGAAUAAGGCGCUAAGGGAAGCCUCCCCGCUGGUCAAGGCAACGGCAACAGGACUUCCUAAUUCUUCAGGGUCUGCAGCCCUGACCCGGCAUUUUUUGUCCUCACCUGGGGUGAAACUGCUCUUGCAGUUCCUGCCUUGCCCACCCAACAGCACUGACGCCCACCCAACAACACUGACCCCCACCAUUCUCCUCGGCGGCCCGCGCAGUAACCUUCUGGGAGCUAUGUCCGGUCUGUGCUUAGUGCAGCAGAGGGGAUCCUCCAACCAUUUCUGGCCUGGGUGGCCAGAGUUAAAAGGGGCUCUGGGUCUCAAAGACAUGCGUAGUCUCAGAAAGCCUGCGGGUGGCGCUCUCAGCUGAAGGCAUGAGAGGCCCCACAGACCUGGAUACCCUACGAGUUAAGGCUGGGGUCACCGGCCAGUGGAGUUUCCCUUUCCCACUCCGUGAGUACCUUCCGCCGAGCCAGGACCUGGGAUCAGUUUCAACCUACUCAGGGCCCGGGGGCGCGACUGCGGCCAGCCUGGCGCGGGUGCUUAGUUCCAGUUCUGCAGUCCCAUCCAGCUCCGGGAAGACGGCCGGGCGAGCAGCGAGAGGCCUCAUAGGCCAGGUCGCCGGGGAGGAAGCGGUUAAAUCCUCCUUCUCCAGUCUCACCCCGCCCGGCGCGCGCCACUUAGGCCCCGCCCCAGCGCGCUGAUUGGCCCAAGCCUCCCCGUCCUGCCCCGGGAUUAGCCCCCGGGAGCGCGCAGCUGGCCUCACGCGGUCCCGGCGCCGCCUUCCGGAGCGUAGAGGCCUCUAGCCCGAGCAGCAGGAGCAGCCCGCACCGGACAACUUGCGAGCCAUGGGGCUGGCGGAUGCGUCGGGACCGAGGGACACGCAGGCACUGCUGUCUGCAACACAAGCAAUGGAGCUGCGGAGGCGAGACUACCACAUGGAACGGCCGCUGCUGAACCAGGAGCAUUUGGAGGAGCUGGGGCGCUGGGGCUCAGCACCUAGGACCCGCCAGUGGCAGACCUGGUUGCAGUGCUCCCGUGCUCGGGCCCGUGCCCUUCUACUCCAACACCUCCCGGUUUUGGUCUGGUUACCCCGGUAUCCUGUGCGUGACUGGCUCGUGGGUGACCUGUUAUCCGGCCUGAGUGUGGCCAUCAUGCAGCUUCCACAGGGCUUGGCCUACGCCCUCCUGGCUGGAUUGCCCCCUGUGUUUGGCCUCUAUAGCUCCUUCUACCCCGUCUUCAUCUACUUCCUGUUUGGCACUUCCCGGCACAUCUCUGUGGGGACCUUUGCUGUCAUGUCUGUGAUGGUGGGCAGUGUGACAGAAUCCCUGGCCCCGCAGGCCUUGAACGACUCCAUGAUCAAUGAGACAGCCAGAGACGCUGCCCGGGUACAGGUGGCCUCCACGCUCAGUGUCCUGGUUGGCCUCUUCCAGGUGGGGCUGGGCCUGAUCCACUUCGGCUUCGUGGUCACCUACCUGUCAGAGCCUCUUGUCCGAGGCUAUACCACAGCUGCAGCUGUGCAGGUCUUCGUCUCACAGCUCAAGUAUGUGUUUGGCCUCCAUCUGAGCAGCCACUCUGGGCCACUGUCCCUCAUCUAUACAGUGCUGGAGGUCUGCCGGAAGCUGCCCCAGAGCAAGGUUGGCACCGUGGUCACUGCAGCUGUGGCUGGGGUGGUGCUCGUGGUGGUGAAGCUGUUGAAUGACAAGCUGCAGCAGCAGCUGCCCAUACCGAUACCCGGGGAGCUGCUCACGCUCAUCGGGGCCACAGGCAUCUCCUAUGGCAUGGGUCUGAAGCACAGAUUUGAGGUAGAUGUCGUGGGCAACAUCCCUGCAGGGCUGGUGCCCCCAGUGGCCCCCAACACUCAGCUGUUCUCAAAGCUCGUGGGCAGCGCCUUCACCAUCGCUGUGGUUGGGUUCGCCAUUGCCAUCUCGCUGGGGAAGAUCUUCGCCCUGAGGCACGGCUACCGGGUGGACAGCAACCAGGAGCUGGUGGCCCUGGGCCUCAGUAACCUCAUCGGAGGCAUCUUCCAGUGCUUCCCCGUGAGUUGCUCUAUGUCUCGGAGCCUGGUACAGGAGAGCACCGGGGGCAACUCGCAGGUUGCUGGAGCCAUCUCUUCCCUUUUCAUCCUCCUCAUCAUUGUCAAACUUGGGGAACUCUUCCAUGACCUGCCCAAGGCGGUCCUGGCAGCCAUCAUCAUUGUGAACCUGAAGGGCAUGCUGCGGCAGCUCAGCGACGUGCGUUCCCUCUGGAAGGCCAAUCGGGCGGAUCUGCUUAUCUGGCUGGUGACCUUCACGGCCACCAUCCUGCUGAACCUGGACCUUGGCUUGGUGGUUGCGGUCAUCUUCUCCCUGCUGCUCGUGGUGGUCCGGACACAGAUGCCCCACUACUCUGUCCUGGGGCAGGUCCCAGACACGGAUAUUUACAGAGAUGUGGCAGAGUACUCAGAGGCCAAGGAAGUCCCAGGGGUGAAGGUCUUCCGCUCCUCGGCCACCGUGUACUUUGCCAACGCUGAGUUCUACAGUGAUGCGCUGAAGCAGAGGUGCGGGGUAGAUGUCGACUUCCUUAUCUCCCAGAAGAAGAAACUGCUCAAGAAGCGGGAGCAGCUGAAGCUGAAGCAACUGCAGAAAGAGGAGAAGCUUCAGAAACAGGCUGCCUCCUCCAAGGGCGCCUCAGUUUCCAUUAAUGUCAACACCAGCCUUGAAGACAUGAGGAGCAACAACGUUGAGGACUGCAAGACGAUGCAGGUGAGCCCAGGAGAUAAGAUGGAAGAUGCAACAGCCAAUGGUCAAGAAGACUCCAAGGCCCCAGAUGGGUCCACACUGAAGGCCCUGGGCCUGCCUCAGCCAGACUUCCACAGCCUCAUCCUGGACCUGGGUGCCCUCUCCUUUGUGGACACUGUGUGCCUCAAGAGCCUGAAGAAUAUUUUCCAUGACUUCCGGGAGAUCGAGGUGGAGGUGUACAUGGCGGCCUGCCAAAGCCCUGUGGUCAGCCAGCUUGAGGCUGGGCACUUCUUCGAUGCAUCCAUCACCAAGAAGCAUCUCUUUGCCUCUGUCCAUGAUGCUGUCACCUUUGCCCUCCAACACCCGAGGCCUGUCCCCGACAGCCCUGUUUCGGUCACCAGACUCUGAACAUGCUGCAUCCUGCCCAAGACUGCACCUCUGGAGGUGCAGGGCACCCUUGAGAAGCCCCUCACCCCUAGGCCGCCUCCAGGUGCUACCCAGGAGUCCCCUCCAUGUACACACACGCAACUCAGGGAAGGAGGUCCUGGGACUCCAAGUUCAGCACUCCAGGUCUGGGACAGGGCCUGCAUGCAGUCAGGCUGGCAGUGGCGGGGUACAGGGAGGGAACUGGUGCAUAUUUUAGCCUCAGGAAUAAAGAUUUGUCUGCUCAA